UCUUGUAAGGAUUCUAAUCUGAUUUGUGAAUAUUGGGUGUUCGAACCAUUCACAUCUCUUCUCUCUUCUCUCUUCUUCAAUCCUCAAUUCCUCAUCUUCUUCGUCCUCGAUUUCGUUUCGCUGGUAGAUUUCGGUUUCAACUCUUCUUCUUCUCCUCUCUCUCCAUUUCGCUGGUAGAUUUCGGCCCGGUAUCUCUUAUCUCUUUCCUAUGAUACAUAAUCAGCUGGGAGAUGCUAUGGAUUUCAUGGAGCCUAAGAAGAAGAUAGUAUUUGUGACUGUGGGAACAACUUGUUUUGAUGCUCUUGUCAAAACAAUGGACACUCAAGUAGUUAAAGAAGAGCUAUUUAGAAGAGGGUAUACCCACCUUCUCAUCCAAAUGGGCCGUGGCUCUUAUGUCCCCACUAAGAGUGGAGGAAAUGGUUCACUAGCUGUAGACUACUUUACUUUUUCAUCAAGCAUUGCAGAUCAUUUGAGGUCUGCAUCACUUGUGAUAAGUCAUGCAGGGUCAGGAAGCAUAUUCGAGACAUUGCGUCUCGGCAAACCCUUAAUUGUUGUGGUGAAUGAGGACUUAAUGGACAAUCAUCAAACCGAAUUAGCCGAAGAACUAGCAAAUAGGAAGCAUUUAUACUAUGCUCGCCCUCAAACACUAAAUCAGAUAAUCAAAGACAUGAACUUGGAUUUACUUGUCCCUUACCAUUCAGGUGAUGCCACUCCUGUAGCAAAGCUAGUCAACAGGUUUCUAGGAUUUCCUGAUGAUUGUUGACAAGAACUAAUAAAGUUUCAUUACUUCAAUCCACUCAUAACUACAUCAUCCUUGAGAACUAACUAACAAGCAUUUGUUAUGCUCUUUUCGGGUGUUCAUAUUUCAUUUUCUUUCUAAAUCAAAUAACUUACUUGUUUGGUAUUAUUUUUUGUAUUUGGCUUAAGUUAUAAUGCUUCUCCUCGUACUAGGUCAAUAUAUCUCUAUCAAAACAGAAAAAAAGAAAGAGAGCAGAGCAGUGGACAUUCAUGGGUGAACAACAGAUAAUGAGAUGGUUGUUACAUUGGCUUGAUUUGUUUCCUCAUCACCCUUUUGAUCUCGGACUUGCAUUGGGGUUUGGUGAUGUCUUGCUGAAUAAAAAUGGUGCCUGGGAUUGGCACAACCCAAUGCAAAUCCAUACCCACAACGAGGCUUCCACGUGGCACCCUCUAAGUGGCUAUUUGCCGCUGGAGAAGCACAGAGAUCGAGAACAGCUCCAGUGUUGCGAAACAAUCCAUACUUGUCAAUUGUCAUCAAGUUCUAUUAUCACUCACUUUACUGUAAAAAUCAUCUUUACGCCUUUGAUUCUCUAUACCCAUUGAUUGAAUGAAUUCAUCAACAACUGCUAUGUAAAUUAUGAGUUUACUAUAACACCAAAAUGAUAAUAAUCCAAGCACAAUAGUUUAAAUUU